CCGGUCUUCGCUGCUUCCCGGUCCAGGGGUGCCACGUGUUCAGGCCACUCAGGCUUCCAGCCCCGCCCAAACUCACCUCGUAGCCUGACCGGCAGCCUGACCCCAAAACCCGUGACCCGGAGGGAGUGGUGGGAGUGUUUGCACGUGGGUCGGGGUGUUGUGAGCUGCCAGGGAGCCUGUCUGUGUGACACUGUUGAGUCCAGGAGCGCGGCUUUGUUUGUGAGUGGGUGACUCGGUGCAUUAUGUUACUGUCACCCAGGCGUGUCUGUGACUCUAUGUAGUUCUCUGUGUAUCUGAGUGCAGCUACAGUGUAUCUGACUGUAGCUGGGACCCAGGGUGUUUGUGUGGUUGUGUGAUAGAUACUGUGUAUCUGAGGGAGACUCAGCCUGCUCUCUGAAGCACUGCCAGAAGUGCCCCCAGAAGUGUUCCUGCUGUGGGACCCCCAGUUAAAGCCAUGGCCCAGGCAAAACCCUCUCCUGAUAUGUUGUCCCCAAGGGCCCAAGCAUUUUCCUUCCUGGGAAUCAGAACCAAUCCUUGAGGUCUUAUGGGAGGGCUGUCCUGGGCCCCAUCCUGUCUUUUUACCUCUUGCUCCAGAGGGAAGUGAUCCCAUAAACUUAUCUUGUUCAAAUUUGGGCCACCUGCAUGCUCAGGGCCACUUCCCAGCCUGCUCCCAGAUGGCCUGGCCUACUCGCCACUGGGACCUGACCAAAGAAAUCACUGCCCACCCCCAUGUUCCAGGAGGACUAAAUGAAGUCGAGUACAAAGUGCUCUGGCAUGGUAAAUACUCAGUAAAUGCUCUCCUUUCCUCGGACCAGGACUUCUGGGUUGAGGAUGCUGGCCUGUGGGCAUUUGUUCUCUGGGGCACAGAGAACCUGUGUGGGUCUGUACAUAAGUGUGUUUCUGUGUUCAGAUAUGAGCUGGUGUGAUCAGAGGUCACGUGCCCAUGAUCCAUGGUGGGAGUGGGGGGUGAAGUUGAGUAACAAGGGCACUUACCCAAGUGUGAGGGUAGGUGAGGCUCUCCAUGUGUAUGUGUGUCAGUGAGGAUGAGGAAGGAAAGCGUGUGUGGGUUAGUACUCUAGUGUGUGAAGAUGCAUGAGUAGUGAGUUGUCAGGGACCCUGUGUGUGUGUAUUUACAGGUAGAAUUUGUCAAAGGGUGUGAGCAGGUAAGUGUGAGGAUGCACGUCUAAGAAUGGGAGCAGUACACAGAAGGUGGGUGGGUGGCCCUGCCCCUCUGGCCCUGACCUGCUGGGUAUGUCUCUCUCCCACCCCUGCUCAGGCCGGCAGCCGGAUGCCCGGGCCCAUUGGGCGGGCCGGCGGCCGCCUGCGGGAUGAGCAGACUGCUGGGGGGGACGCUGGAGCGCGUCUGCAAGGCCGUGCUCCUUCUCUGCCUGCUGCACUUUCUCGUGGCCGUCAUCCUCUACUUUGACGUCUACGCCCAGCACUUGGCCUUCUUCAGCCGCUUCAGUGCACGCGGCCCCUCCCGUGCCCUCCACCCGGCCGCCAGCAGCAGCACCAACUGCUCUCGGCCAAACGCCACUGCCCCCAGCUCGGGGCUCCCCGAGGCUCCCAGCGCCCGGCCCGGCCCCACGGCUCCUGUCCUGCCACCCUGUCCUGACUCGCCGCCCGGCCUUGUGGGCCGACUGCUGAUUGAGUUCACCUCACCCAUGCCCCUGGAGCGGGUGCAGAGGGAGAACCCAGGUGUCCUCCUCGGUGGCCGCUAUACGCCGCCUGACUGCACCCCAGCCCAGACGGUGGCAGUCAUCAUCCCCUUUCGACACCGGGAACACCACCUGCGCUACUGGCUCCACUAUCUGCAUCCCAUCCUCAGGCGACAGCGACUACGCUAUGGCAUCUACGUCAUCAACCAGCACGGUGAGGACACCUUCAACCGGGCCAAGCUGCUCAACGUGGGUUUCCUAGAGGCGCUCAAGGAGGACUCCACCUACAACUGCUUCAUCUUCAGUGACGUGGACCUGGUCCCCAUGGAUGACCGCAACCUGUACCGCUGUGGUGACCAGCCCCGCCACUUUGCCAUUGCCAUGGACAAAUUUGGCUUCCGGCUGCCCUAUGCCGGCUACUUCGGAGGUGUGUCGGGCCUGAAUAAAUCCCAGUUCCUGAGAAUCAAUGGCUUCCCCAACGAGUACUGGGGCUGGGGUGGUGAGGAUGACGACAUCUUCAACCGGAUCUCCCUGGCUGGGAUGAAGAUCUCGCGUCCUGACAUCCGCAUAGGCCGCUACCGAAUGAUCAAGCACGACCGGGACAAGCAUAACGAGCCCAACCCUCAAAGGUUUACCAAGAUUCAAAACACGAAGCUGACCAUGAAGCGGGACGGCAUCGCGUCAGUGCGGUACCAGGUCUUAGAGGUGUCUCGGCAGCCACUCUUCACCAAUAUCACAGUGGACAUUGGGCGGCCCCCUUCAUGGCCUCCUCGGGGAUGAUACCAGUGGACAAAGGCUCCCAGUGCCAAGGAUUGCCUGUCAGAGGACUGACCUACAGCCUGGCUGGCAGUUGCUCUGUGGUGGAUCCCCCAGGACUGAGACUGUGGGCUCUGUUUUCUGAGGGUCUGCAGUAGGCACCCCCCAGCUGCACUUGGAAGUUUCAGAACCUACUUUGGGGGAGCUUCCAUCCUGGGCAGGCCCCUCAAGGGUGGCCGUCUCUGGGGUCAACCCCUCCUGCUCCUCCCUCCCCAGUUCAGCUCCCCUCACUGUCAGGGUUGGGUCAACCCCUGCACUGCCUCGCCGAGUGGCCUGGGCCAGGUCACUCCACCUCUCUGUGCCUCAGUUUCCCCCCCUUGAGUCCCCUAGGGCCUAGAAGAGUGGGAGGUAUGACUAGGGGGCAAUGUUGCUUCCAGGGGGAAUUCUCAGACCUGAGGAUCCCCCACACUCCCAGGGGAGGGGAAACCUUUUUCACUCAACAUUGUAGGGGGCAAACUCUGGGGCACCCCCUGCUGAGGAGCAGCCCCAGGAGGGGACCAGAGGGGGUGCUGUGUCGCUGCCUGGGAUCUUGGAGUUGGGCUUUGCAUGGGGGCGGAUGGGGCUUGGAUCAGUUGGGUUCCAGCCCCACCCCGCCUCUUAGAGAGAAGGCAGUAGCCCCAGGACCGGCUCGUGUUUGUACAUUGCACAGAAACUUGUGUGGGUGCUUUAGUAAAAAACGUGAAUGGAGAA